AUGGGGAACGCAACCUCGGCCAUCGAGACCAGCGGCGACUGCCACGGCACCGCAGCGCGUCGACAGAACAACCGUGACGUCUUCGGCGCGGGCGUGUCCGCGUUUCGGCAAGAGCUCAGCGGUGACGGGUGCCCCGCUCCCAUCCCGAUCCGCGAGGCGUCCAUGCGUGCGCGGCCUCGCGUCGUCGUUCGCAAGCGCCCGCUGUUCGAGCACGAGGCCGCUCAAGACUUUGACGUCCUCUCGUGUCAGGGCGGCACCGACGUGUGGGGCGAAGGCGAUGCGGCCGCGCUGUGGGUCACGCGCGCCAUGCUCGCUGCCGAUCACCGGACGAUGUACUGCGAGCACCACGGAUUUUACGCGGACGCCGUCUUUGGGGAAGCUGCGAGCACAGCCGAGGUGUACAAUGCGGUGCUCGGCGGCCCGCUGCAGCACGGCUCAACGACGGUGCUGUGCUUUGGGCAGACCGGCUCCGGCAAGACGUUCACGCUCGCCGGGAUCAUCGACAUUCUGCGGGAGGCGCUGCCGAGUGGUGGCGGCCGGUGGCGAGUGAGCGCCCUCGAGGUUGCCGGCAAUGCGGUGACGGACUUGCUUCACGCCUCUGCUCGGGCGGCGGACACUGCUGGAGAGGGCGGCGCGGAGCCGAGCAGCAGCGGCGCGCCGUGCCUGCUCGUUGGAAGCGCCGCGGAAGCCAUCGACGCGAUCGUCGACGCGGCGCGCCACCGCUCGACGCACCGCACCGGCGUGCACGAUGCCUCCUCCCGCACGCACGCUGUCUACCAGUUGGAGCCUGUCGACAGCGAGGGCACUGGCCGAGGGGCUGGCGGACGCCUCUGCCUCACCCUCGUCGACCUCGCCGGUUCGGAGUGGGCGCGUGACCAGGUGAGCCACGAGCGCGCGCGGCGCAAGGAGGCGCAGGAAGUCAACGCCUCCCUCUCGGCGCUGAAGGCGUGCCUCGCGGCGCGCGCAAGCGGAGUGCGCCUGCCAGCACGCGACACGGCGCUCACGCGGCUUCUGCGCGGGCCGCUGGAAGGAGAGGGGCGGAUGGUGCUCAUCGCCACCGUCUCGCCCUCCUCUGCCGACGCGGAGCACGCGCUCGACACGCUCAGCCACGUGGGGCUGCCUGGCCGGGCCUCACUCAUGCGCGGCGAGGUGGCGGGCAGCGUCGACGUCGACCGCCCGCUGCCGCCCAGCCCGCGAGAUUGGACCUCGGCGGAGGUUGUGCGGUGGUGGCUCGCGACGUCGACCGCUGCGGUCGAGCGGAUCAACGCCGAGGUUGCGGAGGCGGCCGCUGCGGGGCUGCGCGUCGUGCUGCGCGGCGCCGAGUGGCCGCCGCGCACCAAGCUCGGGCUCAGCUUUGAGCCUCCCGGCCUCGCCGACGCACCGCCCACCGCACCGCCCACUCUCUCCCGCGUGACUCCGCGCACGCCGAUCGCCGAUGCGUCACCUCUCAUCCGACGGGGGACGCGCUUGGUCGGCUGUCGGCUCGCGCUUGCGCAGGAGGAGGGGGCGCCACCGGAAGGCGCGCGUAGCGACGCCGGAGAGAGCUUGACGGCUGGCAUCGACCACCGAGCUGGUGCCAGCGACGCACCGCCGGGCAGGUCGGGGCUCUUGGCAGAGUUGCGGCGCGGCUCGUUGGCACUGACGCGUGUGGCGGACGCGCUCGACGCGGCGGAGUCGGAGGCGACGCGCGCGGCGGAGGCGCCUAGAUGCCUCAGACCGUUCGCUUGCCCGGCCGACUACGCGGAGGAGGUGCCGCGCAAACUCGACGACGACGCGGCGCUGCUCCGCGCCUGGGUGGUGGGCGGGGAGGCGGCGCAGGAAGAGGAACGGCGGCGCAUUGCCCGCCGCACAGAAGAGGAGGUGGAGGCGGAGGCGGCCGGGCGCGCCGCAAGCGUCGCGGUAGCACGGGCGCGGCUCGAUGAAGCCAGGGCGGUGCUGGCGCGGGCAGCGGCCGCGGCGCGCCAGGUCGAGCUGGAAAUCACGUUCGAGCCUGCCGCCUUUGGCCGGGCGGAGGUGCCGCGCGUGCCACGGCACUUCUCCGGUGCGUCGCGGCUCGGGCAGGGCGACGGCAAGGCGUUCAUGAACGCGUUCGCAGACCCCGAGCGGGGGCUGCGGUCGCUCAUUGUCGCGUGCGAGGGUGACACACGCGUCGCCGAGACACUCUUCCAAGCGCUCUGCGCCUUGGCCGGCACGACACCGCGAACGGCUGAUUGA